AGCAGACGAGAUUUAUCACCAAAAGUGCAGAAUAAGCCACUGCCACAGGCCCAAAGUGCCACACCAUUGGAAAACGUGAAUCUGGACUUGUAGCCUAGUUAAUUAAGAACCCGGUAGUCCGGCACAUGAAAAGUCUGGAAAGAGGGCAAUGUGUUAUACUGUAUUGAUAAGCCAGUACAAAGAAAUUUAACUGACACAUCUAGACUUGCAUUGAUACUGUGUGCAUACGUGUAAACGCUUUAAAUUCAAACAAAUUUCAUCUUCGAGAUGACUUCCUCGUUUAACAAACGUGAAAAAGCAUUCGAAACCUCAGAUAUUGCAUGCUGCCCCGUUUGUUUUAAGGAUGUUGAAAUAUUCUCCAUAGGAAUAUGUGAUCAUCCGAUAUGCCACGAGUGUUCCACUCGCAUGCGAGUGUUAUGCAAAGAAGAUGCCUGUCCCAUUUGUCGCCAAGAGUUGACCAAGGUUUACUUCGUGAAGAAGGCCAAACCAUAUCAACUUCUUGCAUCAAACUUGUAUCCUAUGGAUAAAAUAACUAAAAUCCAUUUUGAGAGUGCUUCUCUACAAGAUGUUUUUGAAAAGUUACUUGUUCAUAUUUGCUACUCUUGCCCAUUGAAGCCUACAUUUCAAAACUUACAAAUCCUUAAAGAUCAUUUGAGGAAAGAACAUGAAUUAUUUUUUUGUGAUCUUUGUGUUGAGAAUCUAAAGAUAUUUAGCCAAGAAAGAAGAGCCUAUACACGCCAAGAGUUAGCUUUACACCGGAGGAAAGGGGACCCUGACAACACUUCUCACAGAGGCCACCCUCUUUGUAAUUUUUGUGAUCAGAGAUAUGUUGAUGCUGAUGAGUUAUUCCGUCAUUUGAGAAGAGAUCACUAUUUCUGCCACUUCUGCGAUGCUGAUGGGUUAAAUCAUUACUAUUGCAAUUAUGAAGAUUUGCGCAAACAUUUCCAUGAUGCGCAUUUUCUAUGUGAGGAAGGGGAAUGCAAGGAUGAGAAAUUCACCUGUGUUUUUCGCACUGAAAUAGAUAUCCGCGCUCAUAAAGCUCAGACACAUAGUCAAAGUUUGGGGAAAGCAGCGAUCAAGCAAGCAAGAACUUUGGAAUUAGAAUUCACAUUAGCACCACGUUCAGGUGAAAACAAAGGGCGCAAUGGACGUCGCGUUGGACCGAGGGCUUCCGAUAAACAAGAUUCAAAUAAUGUUGCUGAACAGCAAACGUCUCGACCAGUUGCUGUUUCUUCUGUGGUCAGUGCAGAUAUCGGAAAUCCUGAAGAAUUCCCAAGUUUGUCUACUGGAUCUGGGUCAGUUAUGAAGAGUAGAACCAAUGGCUCAGACUCUUUGGCACAGAAAUUAGCUAAAAGCAAUCGAUUUACCGUGAAGAACACCGUAGGAGCUCAUGAUGAGUUUCCCUCCCUUGUUGCUGAAGGAUUAGCAAUUGAUCAUCAAGAUAUUUCAAUGCCCGGUGAUAAAAAAUCAACCGGCGCCAAGCGUUCGGUCCGUCUUCGCCUUGGUGGUCAAAAUGAGGAUUUCUUAACUGAAGGGAUCCCGAUCGCAAGAGUUUCUCGAGUUAGUACUUCUCAGAAUAUUCAUGUCCAACCUAGUCGCGAUUUACGUCUGGAAAAUUUUCCUUCUCUCUCUUUAACUUCUCCUCAGUUACCUGAGCAGCAACCCUUGAAACCUGGGUGGAUAAAAAAAAAUCCUCCAAAGCCUGUCAACGUUUCAUCUGUUAAAAGUGUUUCUCAUAGUAGAAAUCCUCCGUCUACUGUUGAAGAGUAUCCUUUAUUAGUCCCAUCUUCUUUGCAUGAUCCUGGUGACGCAAAUGUAUGGAUCACUUCAAAGGACAAGGUAAAUAACGGAGUAACAGUUCCAUGCACUGUGCCAAUCACUGAAUCCUCGUCGAAGCAUCCUAAAGAACGAUGUAAAAAAAAAAAGAAUCCGCCAAUAGCGACUAACAAAAACCAAGUAGCAGCACUGGUGUUUUCGGGUGAAACUAAGAAAAAAGUCUCUCAAAUUGAAGUUGGUGAACUUAAUCGUCAUCCCAUUGAAGUUCCCAGAGCAUCUCGAACCGGAAGAACAAAAUUCGACAUGUCUGAUGGUCUUAUGGAAACCAAUACUUGCAUUGCCAGCAAAGUAAACAUCAUUGCUCCCCUAAUCAAUUCAAAGACGAUAGAAAAUAAUGGAGCGAGACCGAAAAUCAAAGAUAAACCAAUUAAUUUAAAUUCGUCUGAAUUCCCUGCUCUUGGUAACUCUUCGCCCGUGACUUCAUUCUUCGACAGCAGUCAUGAUGGUUCGCCAUUGACACGCGUUGAAAAAGUGGUUCCAACGAAAAUAGCUUUAUCCAGCAGUAGUGUGCAAAAUGUUCCAUUAACUCUUAACAAUAACUCGAGCCGCGCAUUCUUACAGCCUCCUGAUUUUAGCGUUCGUAAUCAACAACUCAUUGCGACAGUUAUGGAUUUGUUAUGUAAUCAGCGGAAGAAGAUAGAAAAAUUUCGCACCAUAUCAACUCAGUUUAGAAGCGGAAGUCUGGACGCUAAAGAAUACUAUACGAAUUGCCUGGAGGUGAUGGGAGAAGAUUGCUUUUCGGCCUUGUUUCCAGAAUUGAUUUGCCUUCUCCCCGACAUUUCAAAACAGCAACAACUUCUACGAGUUCAUCGGUCUGAAAUCAGAGUCAAAGGUGGCAUAGUGUCAACAGAGCCGUACGUUAUAUGUGCUACGUGUGGUCAAGUUUUGUCACCUUCUGAUUUGAAGCAUCACUUGGCGAAUCACAGCCUAGAGACGCACUUUCCUUCACUGGGUACAGCUCAAGAUGAUAUUACUUGGAACAAACGGUGAAAUAUAAUAAUUAAAUUUGCUUGUUAUUCUUCUCUAUUUGGACAUGACAAAUGUGCAUCCAGAGAAGAUAUGUUGAGGGCAGGGUGGUGAGUUAUUAAGUUAGGACAGUUAAAAUGGAGUAAAAAAACAACUCUAAAACUUUUGAACUUAUAAUUUUUGAAUUCUUUGCGCUAUUUCAGAGGUGGUUGUACUCUUUUUAUAUGUGGCUUAAAUAUAUAAAGAAAUUGUACUUUCAA